AUGGCCGAUGCACAGAAACCCGCCGAGGAAUCAACUGCGCAGGUUGAUGUUACGAAAUACAAGAUCGCGGCCGACAUCGUCAAUAAUGUAAUGAAAAGUCUUGUGGCGCUAAGCAUCGAGGGAGCCAAAGUCCUGGAUAUCUGUGUUGAGGGGGACAGACUCCUAGAAGAGGGGACAGGAGCUGUGUACAACAAAGCUGUAAAGGGCGUAAAGGUCGCCAAGGGUAUCGCAUUCCCAACUUGUGUGUCAGUCAAUAACACCGUUGCACAUUUUUCACCGCUGCCCUCGGAUCCCGCCUCCUCACAAACUCUCGCGAAGGGAGAUGUAGUCAAGCUCCACAUCGGUGCCCAUAUCGAUGGUUUUGCGGCAGUCAGCGCCGAGACACUCGUGGUGGGGGCAUCGGAACAAGAUCCUGUGACUGGCAGACAGGCAGACGUACUGAAAGCGGCUUGGACAGCGGCAGAGAUCGCCAUGCGGCUGGUCAAGGUCGGCAAUAAAAACUGGACAGUCACUGAAUCGGUCGGCAAGAUCGCAGCCGCAUGGGAUUGCAAGCCCGUUGAAGGAAUGCUGUCAUGCCAGCAAAGCCAAAAUGUUAUCGACGGCAAGAAGCGUAUCAUUCUUAACCCGUCCGAAUCCCAAAAGAAGGACUUUGAGGCUGUCACUUUUGCAGAGAAUGAAGUUUACGGUGUCGAUAUCUUGAUCUCGUCUGGAGAGGAUGGGAAGGCUCGUCUUGAAGAGUCAAAGACUACCAUAUAUCAGAAGGAGUCGACCGUCACAUAUCAGUUGAAGAUGAAGACGUCGCGUGCUGUUUUCUCUGAAGUCCAAAAGAAGGCCGGCGCCUUCCCUUUCAACAUCCGAUGCCUAGAGGACGAGAAACGCGCACGACUGGGCCUGCAGGAGGCGGUCCAGCACAAUCUGGUGAAGCCAUACGAAGUCAUUUACACGCCUGCAAACACCUUCGUUGCGGGCUUCCACUUCACAAUUGCUCUUCUCCCUGCGGGUCCUGCUAUGAUCACGUACCCCCCUGUCUGGUAUAAGCCAGAACUGGUCAAGACAACGAAAGAACUAGAAGACGAGGAACUGAAGGAGCUACUUACAAAGAAGCUGCGGGAGGACAAGAAGAGCAAGAAAAAGAAGGCGAAGGCAGACGCGGAGGGCGAGGGGUCAGGAGAGAAGUAG